GUGACAUGUUAUGCAAGAAACAAUGGUCUGUUCUUCUUUUUACACUGAAUUGAAAAUUGAUUUAGUUUGACCGCCCAAUUUGAAAAUUCUCUUCUUGGGAAGAACUACAUUCCAAUCAGGACCUCCAAAUUAGCUUCGUCUCUGAUACUAAAUUCGAAUGAUUUAUGACCUAUAAAUUGCUGACCUCUUUGGUAUUGGUGGUGAUUGUGUUUCACAAUUUAUUCUUAACAUUCCUCGGUUUGAAGUGCUAGAGAACUUCACAUUGGUAUGGUCUUCACACUUGCAGGAUGCUCGACUUGUAUACAAGACAUAUGCCACACUGUAUUUUGUCUUCAUAUUUGACAGCUCUGAAAAUGAGCUUGCAAUGCUAGAUCUUGUGCAAGUUUUCGUGGAGAUAUUGGACAAGUGCUUCAGUAAUGUGUGUGAGCUUGACAUAGUGUUCAACUUCAACAAGGUGCAUACUAUAUUAGAUGAGAUCAUUUUGGGAGGUCAAGUUCUUGAGACAAGUUCUUCAGAAGUUGUGAAAGCAGUUGAAGAAAUCUCAAAGUUGGACAGGGCCUCAAAUGGAAGCAUGCUUGUGCCAAAAUCCAUUUCUGGCUGGACGAGUCGAUAG